UGCGUGUAGGCAGUUUGCUGGUUGAAUGUUGUUAUCUGUUCAUUAGCUCGCCAUUGUUUUACAGUACCUGAUAUAGGGAAUUCUGACGGGUUAACUGCGUUUCCGAUUCUGAAUUCUGACUACUCAACUGUACACAAAAAGCUUCAGCUUUCCGGCGUGACGAGUUGAACUGUAGGCACAAGGCAGUCUGGAUUAUCCUUCUCUCUAGAUUGGCAUCGCCGCGUUGCUGUGGAGAAGAAUGGCGCAGCCGGAGACCCUGUCGCUCGCCGGCCGCCGGGUGGCGUUCACGACGCCGCAGACCGGCGGCGGCGGCGGAUAUGGCGGCCGCAUGGACGCGCUCCUGCGGCAGCGCGGCGCACGCCCGGUCCCCGUGCCCACCAUCGCUGUGCACGCCCACGACCCCGACCGCCUCCGCCCCUUCCUCCUGCCCGGCGCCCUCGACCCCUUCGCCGCUCUCGCGUUCACCUCCCGCUCCGGCAUCUCCGCCUUCUCCCGCGCCCUCCCGUCCUCCCACCACCCCCUCUCCGACGCCGCCUCCGCGCUCCGCUUCACCGUCGCCGCCCUGGGCAGCGACGCGGACCUCCUCGACUGCGCCUUCCUGUCGAAGCUCUGCCGCGACGCCGGGAGGAUAGCCGUCCUCGUCCCGGACGUCCCCACCCCGGUCGGCCUCGUGGAAGCGCUGGGCCGUGGGUCCGGCAGGCGCGUGCUCUGCCCCGUCCCCGAGGUCGUCGGCCUCCGCGAGCCGCCUGUCGUGCCGGACUUCCUCGCGGGGCUCGAGGCGGCCGGGUGGGUGGCCGUGCGCGCGCCGGCGUACACCACGUCCUGGGCCGGCCCGGGCUGCGCGGAGGCUCUGGUGGCCCCUGGCGCCGCUGCCGCACCCGACGCCAUCGUGUUCACGAGCACGGCCGAGGUGGAGGGGCUGCUCAAGGGGCUGGACGCCGCGGGAUGGAGCUGGCCUCGGCUGAGGGCGCGCUGGCCCUGCAUGGUCGUGGCCGCGCACGGGCCGGUAACCGCCGACGGCGCCGGCAGGCUCGGCGUUGACGUGGACGUCGUGAGCACCAGGUUUAGCAGCUUCCAUGGUGUCCUUGACGCCAUUGCCGCAACCUUUUCGUCCCAAAAGAUAAUGUAACUUGAUUUCACAUUUCUAUGACAUGAAAAAUGAAACACACGGAUUUAGCUCGA